GCUUUCAGAGCGCCAUGCCAGUCGUUUCCCCGCGGAGAAGACUCGGCGUUGUAAAGACGUGAACGCCUCAACACACACACACACACACACACCCGUGACGUCACCAUGAACUAACUGUCAGGUUGGGCAGCAGCAGGUGAAGAAAUGGAAGAGGAUCAAGAGCCAUGUCAGGAGUCAUCUCCAGCUACAGUUCUCGUUUCAGAUGCGCCCAAAGUGCACCGUAAACCCGAGUUAAAGCGAUACAGUGAGAUCUUCCGGGAAUUUGACAGCCUGGAUCUGUCAUUUAUCCCCAUUGACAAAGAUGACCUGCUGUCGGACACUAUGGAGUUCGCAACUAGCGAGAACUCGGAACCUGCAGAGCAACAGGAACCAUCAGAACGCUGCGUGACCAUUGAGGAAGAUGGGAACUCGUCAGCCCACGAAGCCGACCUGGCGCUCUGCCGCUGCGAAGACGGCGUGGAGACGGCCCUGCAGUACGCCAAGAUGUGGUGCCGCUACGCCAAAGACCUCCUGGCCUGGAUGGAGAAGAGGAUCAACUUGGAUCAAGAAUUUGCCAAAAAUGUCAUAAAGACGUCUGAGGCGGCAAAAGCCAGCUUGACGCCCCAGGAAAUGAUGCCCCUGCAGCACAUCUACACCAUGGCUCUAGAACAAGACCAGAAGAAUUGCUUCAACUCCAAAAGGACUUCAGAGCUGGUGCAGAACCGCUGCUACCAAGCCUUGGCCGCCAAGAGGAAUGAGAUUGACAAGUGGCGCAGAGAAUUCAAGGAGCAGUGGGUGAAGGAGCAGAGGAAGAUGAACGAAGCGGUGGCGUCGCUGAAAAAGUCCCGCCAGCAGUACUUCCAGCGCUGUGACGAGCUGGAGAAAGCCAAGACUGUGGACGACACGGGAGGGAUGAAGACUCUGGAUAAGAGGAGGAAGUCCAAGGAUGAAGCCCAGACAAAGGUGGCAGAGGCAGAGCUUCUAUACAAGCAGUGUGUCCAUGACGCCAGGAUCCACCAGGACGAGCUGAUCAGAGUCAAAGAGAGGAUUAUUUCCCACGUUCGCAAGAUUAUCUGUCAGGGAGACACGGUGCUAAAGCAGGUGACGGUCAACAUGUUUUACUACCAGCGGCUGCAGACGGAGGAGGUUCCUCUUGGGUAUCACAACCUGGAGCUGACCUGCCGCUCCUUGGAGCCCGGGGAGCCAUACAUGACGUACAUACGCGGCAGACAACGUCAAGAACAGCCUCCGCAGAUCUUCUCCUUCCAGGAGUACGUGGCUCAGGGGAAAAGGAACAAACGCAAAACCAGCAACCCUCUCAGUUCCCUGCAGGACUCCUCGCCUCUGAGAGACGAAAGUCCCUGCAGACACGGGCGAUUCGGAUUCAGCGACAGCGAGAGUAUUGAAGGCAGCUUGGAAUCUCUGUCGAGUCCUGCCCACUGUGUUAGGAGGCUUCACAAAAUACAGUUCAACUUGCUCUCGGACGACACAGAUGAGCGCGACGUGGCGUCUGAAUCUGAGUGCCUGGAUGGUCAACAGGUCAAAGUGCGCACGCCGUCCCGCGCCGCUCAAACGCACCGACUCAAAAAGCUGAAGACCAAGAUGGUGAAAUGCAAGCAGUGCGACAACUACAUUUACGUCAACGGGGUGGAAUGUGAGGAGUGUGGGCUGGGUCUGCACAAGAAGUGCAUGGAGGCGUGCCAGAUCGAGUGUGACAACAACAAGGGGACGGUGUUUGGCGUCGCGCUGGCUCUGUUGCUGCGAGACACGCGGGACCACGUGCCCUUCGUGGUGCGACGCUGCACGUCUGAGAUUGAGAGUCGGGCUCUCUCCGUCCAGGGGGUGUAUCGGGUCAGCGGGUCCAAGCCUCGUGUCCAGAAGCUGUGCCAGGCCUUUGAGGAUCAGAAGGAGGGCGUGGACCUCUCGGAGCUGUCGCCACAUGACAUCACCUGCAUCCUCAAGCACUUCUUCAAGGAGCUCCCGGAGCCGCUGCUAACCUUUGACCUGUACAACGACUUCAUCGCGGCGGGGAAGAGCCUCCAGCACUUCGGCAACUGGGAAUCGAUGCAAGACACUAAUGAGUUCGUGGAUGUGACUCGCAGCCUACAGAAGCUCCUAGAAAGACUUCCUGCCUGUUGCUUCAGCACGUUGCAGCACCUCAUAUUGCACCUGCAAAGAGUUUCCAGAAACAAGGAGAACAAGAUGUCCUCCAGCAACUUGGGCAUUGUGUUCGGUCCCACUCUCCUGCGUCCGCCGGUGUCGACGGACCAUCCCACGGUGGCCCUGCAGGAGAACUCCUACCAGGCCCUGCUGGUGGAGUUCCUCAUCACGCACCACGACAGGCUCUUCCUGCCCGCCCCUCAAGUCCCCGCGGGUCCGCUUCCGGAGACCCCUCCUAGGGGACGUGGCUGUCCUCAGGAGGGCGACAUUGACUCAAGACCGGAGCAACGGACAUCCUCCAGGGAGCGGCCUUACUCCCUAGAAAGCGAGAGAAUGAAGCGAGAGUGGAGUGAGGGUUAUAUAUCUGACAAGUCUUCAUCCAAUGAAGCAGUGGACCAGCUCAGCCCUGACGCCACUCAGAGAGCAGUCGUGGCUAUGAGCUCCACCCGCCACGACCCAACGGGGGACUUUGUUCUGUCCAGGCCGCACUUCCGCUUCACCAGGCAGCCCGUCAAGUACCACCGCCAUCACAACCCCAGGAGCCGACCUGCCGCCACCGAUCAGAGCGCCGCCGCCGCCGCCGCCACCGGGCCGCCCGCGGCUCCGCCGGGCAGCGCCGACAGCAGCCGCAGCUCCUCCCCGGAGCAGCGAGCGCCGCAUUUACCCCCUCAAGACGUCCCCCCUCUGAGCCCGCGUGAUGUGGUGCAGUACAUGCUGGCGCUGGACGGCACGCCCGCGCUCACUUUGGCCCACCUCAACAUCAACAACAAUUCUGCACAGAGGAAAACUUUCUCUCCCAAGACUCUUCCUGCGGAGCAACACUUCACCUCGCCCGCACAGAAGAUUCUAUCCGGGCUGAAGCUGAGACGCAGCCACUCGGGGAAAGAUGAACAACUUUUUGUAUGAGCGCCUUCCAGCGUGGAUUACUCUUCCGUUGAUUUCUACCUUUUCUACUCCUUUUUUUUGCCCCCUGCAAAUUGUACAAAAACCCCCAAAAGUUGUCACGUUGUGUAAAUGGUAAAUAAAAACAAUGAUUAUAUUCAAUUGAACGGACGGCAAAGACAAGAUGUUUAACGUUCGGACUGGAAAACUUCAUUUUUUUUGGUCGGAAUUUGAUGCCUGCGACAUGUUUUGAAAGAAGUUGGCACAAGUGGCAAAAAAGACUGAGAAAGUUGAGGAAUGCUCAUCACUUGUUAAAGUUAAAGUACCAAUGAUCGUCACACAAACACACACUAGGUGUGGUGAAAUGUGUCCUCUGCAUUUGACCCAUCCCCUUGUUCCACCCCCUGGGAGGUGAGGGGAGCAGUGAGCAGCAGUGGUGGCCACGCCCGGGAAUCAUUUUUGGUGAUUUAACUCCCAAUUCCAACCCUUGAUGCUGAGUGCCAAGCAGGGAGGUAAUGGCUCCCAUUUUUUUAUAGUCUUUGGUAUGACUCGGCCGGGGUUUGAACUCACACUCUAACCACCAGGCCACUGAGUUGGUUGUGGAACAUCCCACAGGUGAACAGGGCUAAUUGGGAACAGGUGGGUGCCAUGAUUGGGUACAAAAGCAGCUUCCUUUAAAUGCUCAAGUCAUUGACAAACAAGGACGGGGGCGAGGGUCACCACUUUGUCAACAAAUGCCUGAGCAAAUUGUUUAAGCACAACAUUUCUCAACCAGCUUCUGCAAGGAAUUUCGGGAUUUCACCGUCUACGCUCCGUAAUAUCAUCAAAAUGUGAAUUCAGUCUGGAGAAAUCACCAAAAACCAACAUCGAAUGCCCGCGACCUUCGAUCCCUCUGGCGGCACAGCGUCAAAAAGCGACAUCGGUGUGUAAAGGAUAUCACCACAUGGGCUCGGGAACACUUCAAAAAACCACUGUCAGUAACUACCGUUGGUCGCUACAUCUGUAAGUGCAAGUUAAAACUCUUACUAUGCAAAGCCAAAGGCAUUUAUCAACAACACCCGGAAAUGCCGCCGGAUUUGCCGGGCCCGAGCUCAUCUUUGAUU